UCGCUCUGCCACCCACGCCGCGUGCACACCGACAACAAGCUUCCCCCCUCCCCCCGCACUACUCCUUCCCCACUCUCUCCAAACAGACGCCAUGGGUAACCCUCAGCGACGGAAGCGCAUGCACAAGAACAACAAGUUCUUUCAAAAGGCCAUGCGCACGCGCCGCAAGACGCGCGAUGUGGAUCAGAUUCACGACGAUCUCAAGCCGAAGGUGCUCAACAAGCUCGCAACACAGGUCGUCGAUUACGAUCUCCCCGGCAUGGGCCAGUUCUACUGCGUCCAUUGCGCGAGACAUUUCGUGGAUGAGUUUACGCUGGAGGCGCAUCGCAGGAGUAAGGUUCACAAGCGCCGGUUGAAGCAGCUGUCUGAGACACCCUACACACAGAAGGAGGCCGAUGCAGCUGGAGGCCUGGGCGUGUAUGUACCACCAUCCAAGGUUGAUGUUGAUGAUGUCAGUGUGGUGCAGGUGCGGAAGGAUGUUGGCAUGGAGACGGAUGAGAAGCAUGAUGAAGCCGCGCCACCGACCCUGGACGACAUCAAGCCCACAAAGGCAGAGCAAGAGGAAAAGGCGAAGAUGGCCACAGACAAGGAGGACGCCACCAAGCCCUCAGAAUGAGGCUGUGCUAGCCCACGUUCCGUGUGUGUCUGUGCGUGUGCGUGUCUGUAAGUAUGCGUGUGUGAGUAUGCGUGAGUGAGUUAGUGUCGCUUGUGAGCGGUUUGUCGUGUGUAACAAUGGUGGCUUUUUGCUUAACUUUCUCCCCGUUUCGUUCCUCUCUCCCGCUCCCUAUCUUGCUUCCUCCCUUCUUUGUUUCCUUGCUUGCUUGUCUCUUUUCUCCUUUUGUGCUCUCUCGCUGGCUGUUGCUGUUGUUUACACUAAAGGAAUAUGGCUUGAG